AUGAGGGAGCUGCUGCCGGUGCCGGAGGCGAGCUGCUUCCUCUCCCUGCUGCUGCUGCCCAAGGCGACGGACGGGUCCAACACGCGCUACAACUCCCUGGAGGACACCCUCGCGCGCGCGGACACAUGGCUGCUGUCGUCGCAGGCCUCCGGCGUGCCCUUCGUGUUCAUGAACGUGCAGACGGAGGUGCUGCUGACCAAGUUCUCAGGCGAGACGGUGCUGUCGACUGUGAACAUGGCCUCGCUGUCGGACCUAGCCGGCAUGGCGAACACGAGCCUGUACGGUUUCGAGGACUACCACGGCGUGGACAUCGGCGUGGUGCGGGCCGUCCGGGCGACACGAGACUGGCGCUGGAGCUGCACCGCGCGGCGCGCAGGGCGUCCAAGCUGCUGGUGCUGUCCCGGGUCGGCGGCGAGAAGGUGCUGCCCUGGAUGGUGUCCACCACCGGGAACGUCAAGUGCUUCGACACCGUGUCGCUGA